AUGACGGACCUGAACGCUUUCAGCGAUGCCGCCUUCGAUCCCAAGCUCUUCAUCAACCAGGCCUGCACCGGCAAAACGGGGGACGAGCCCCUGGAGCGGUUCCUGGCUGAGCUGGAGAUGAAGCUGCACCUGUCGGCGGAGGAUGUGGGCCUGUACCUGCAAGACCACAGCGGCCGUGCCAUGCAGCGCAUCCCCGCCGCAGCCAAGGAGCUGCUCCGCAUCAAGGUGCGGGUGCGGCUGGCCGACCGCAACAGCGACGACGUCGCCACGCUGCGCGGCUCGGCGGCGGCGGCCCUCAAGCAGCUGGAGGAUGCGGGCAGCGGGCAGGCGGCGGCGGUGGUGGGGCAGCUACAGGCGGUGGACACGGUCAAGCGGCGCAUGGAGGACGCCUGCAGCACGCUCAAGGAGGCGGCAGGCCUGUCGGCGCUCUUCCAGCAAGUGGACGACCACUUUGCCAGCGGCAACCUGCGGCGCGUGGCCGACACGCUGGCGGGCAUGCGGCGCGGGCUGGCGGUGGUGGGUGACUCUGUGGCGGAGUUCCGCGGCGGGCGCGACCGCCUGGCUCGGCUGGAGGAGCGAUUUGCUGCCAUGGUGGAGGCCCCCCUCACCGCCGCCUUUGCCAAGCAGGAGGGCGAGGAGGCGGCUGCGCUGGCAGGCAUGCUGGAUACCGUGGAGAGGGGAGAUGCGCUGCAGCGCCUGUACUGCGCCGCGCGCCUGCCGCCGCUGCAGGCGCUGUGGGAUGGCUACACAGCGGGUACGCCCUUUGCCUCCUGGCUGCCCGGCUUCUACAAUCAGGUGGUGCACGCGCUGGCGGCCGAGGCGGCCUGGUGCGGCGCCGCACUGCCCGACCACUGCCCCGCGCUGCCGCUGGCGCUGCUGGGGGCGCUGCUGGCAAAGGUGGAGCGGCCGUACCGGCAGCGCCUGGGCGUGGCCAUGGCUGCCGCGGCAGGCUCUGUGAUGCCGCUGGAGCACUUGGAGCAGGUGCAGGCGGCGGCGCACGACUUUGCCGCCGCCGCCUUCCGCGCGCUGUCCGCGCCGCCCACGGCCGGCGCCGGGCUGUCGCCGGCCGCCUUUGGCGCCGUGCACGCCAAGCUGCUGGCGCCUGUGGAGGAGGCGCUUCAGCAGUACGGCGACCGGGAGCUUGCGUACCUCGGGACGCAGCUGCAGCAGAUUGCCGCCAAGGGCACCGCCGCGGCGGCGGGCGAGGCGGGCGCGGCGGCUCUGGAGGGCACCAUCGCCCCCGCGCUGACCGCCUGCGAGGCCGCCCUGGCCCGCUGCCUCAAGCUGACCUCGGGCACCGCCCUGCCUGCACUGGCCCGGGUGCUGGACCGAGCAGCGCAGCAAUAUGUGUCGGCGCUGCAGGCGGCGGUGGCGGGCAUGCGGCGGCGGCUGGGCGAGGGCGGCGGCGGCGGCGACGGCGGCGCCGACAGCGCCGAGGCGGUGCUGCCGCUGCUGACGGUGGCCAGCCAGCUGGUGCAGCGGCUGGCGCUGCUGGAGGGGAGCCUUCGCCAGGCUGGCGCCGAGGUGGCGCCGGCGCUGCUGGACGGUACCGCAGACGUACCGCAGGAGGGGCAGCUGCCCGGCGCCGCCGCGCUGCGCCUGCAGGCGCAGCUCGCGCUGCGCCAGCAGCUGGCCGCCUUUGCCGCCUCUGCCGCCUCCUCGGCGGCGCUGCUGCCGCUGGCGGCGGCAGCGGCGGCGGAGCUGGAGGCCGGCGUGGGCAGCUGCGUGCUGGAGGUGCUGACUCAGCGGCCCCGCGCCCAGCUGGCAGGCCUGCCGCGGCUGGGCGAGUGGCAGCAGCGCGCGGGGGCCCUGCUCCUCCCCACCUUCUCCGCCUACCCGCUGCAGUAUGUGACCUCUGUGGGUGAGUACCUGAUGAUGCUGCCGCAGCAGCUGGAGUCGGCGCUGCUGGGCGAGGACAACGGCGAGGAGGCGGGGCAGCUGGUGGGGGACUGGAUCGACAAGGUGGCCCUGGACACAGCCGCCCACUACCAGCAGCAGCUGGCGGCGCUGCCGGGGCUGACGGCACAGGGCGCGGCGCAGCUGGCGGCAGACCUCGAAUACUUUUGCAACGUGCUCACCACGCUGGGUGUGGCGGUGCCGCCCUCACUGGCUGCCUGGCACGCCGCCGCCGCCGCCCCCGCCCACGGCUUUGCCGCCGUGGCCGAGGCGGCGGCGCAGGGCGGCGACGCGGCGGGGCGCGCCGCGGUGGCGGCCGUCGCGCGGCUGCGGGGGCUGCAGGCCGGGCCGGCGCCGCAGCCUUAG